AUGGUUGCCAUUAUAACCACCUUCGAAGUCACCUUUGCUGCUGGUAUAAUACCAGAGUCAAGUACUACAAAUCAUAUUUACAAAUCAUAUUUGCCUGGUAUAAUACCAGAGCUUCUGUUUCCAGGACUAAGCACUAUAAGUCACUGG